AUUUCCGGAAUGCUAUAGCAACUGGUUCUCUGCCAUGCAAUAGAGAAAGGUCUUGUAUAAAAUCCCUGCCUUGGCUCAAAUGGUAACUGGCUCUUGAUUUCAACAAAGGAUGAAGAUGACUUGAAGCGGGCGCGUAAAGCUAAAAUCCACCAAAACGGUGUCGUUUCGCGCACCGGACAAAAUCCAAAACCUUUUAAAACGAACAGGGGGCUGCCGCUGUUGCAUCCUGUUCCUCCAUCGUAAAAACUGGAAAAUAGAGAACAGUGAGAGGAAAAUGGCGAUGAAUUCGGUGAAAUGGGGAUAUGUCCGUAUCAUCACCGGCACCAUUCUCGGCGGCGUCCUCGGCUUCUACGUCAUGCACCGCGUCGAAGUCGGCUACAAGGAAAAAAUGAAGGAGAGAUUGAGGCAAUAUGAAAGUGAAUUGAAGAAGAAAGAGAAGUUAAAUGAGCUUGAAGAUUCCAUCUAGCUCUUUUUACAGGACAUGUCCAUUGGUGGUCAAUCCAAACAAAACUAAUUUGUCGGAAUGUUCUAUCAAUCUACCGUGCAAAUUUUAACAUGACGACGAAAACUAGUAUGCCACUUUGAUUUAUUAAAGAUGGUGGGAUUGCGGAACUGAAAGUUUUGUUACAUAAAUGCUAUGAAGUAGGCUUUUUUUUUUUCCGAAUCAGAAAAGAUGGGGUUUUAGGGUUUAACGUUUAGAGUUUAGGGUUAUCUCAGUUGGUCAUUUUGAAUUUGAAUACCUCUGCCAAUCCCCUGCUGCUUGUGUCUUACUUCAAUGAUCAUGCUCAACUGGAUGUGGUUUGACAUCUCAGUUGAUCCUUGUGGUUUGAUCUAUUAUCGGUAUAUGGAUUUUAUACAUCUUGUAAUCUUGUUAAAAAUAUUUAUUUUUAAAAA